AUGUCGUUAUCUACAUUUAAGACCAAAUUAGAUACCAUACAGAAAAGAAAUCAUAUUUGUGUGAGAACAUGGAACCACUAUGACCGAUACAAUGCAUUAAAAGCAGUUUGUGCUAUUGGAAUAUAUACAGUCUCAGAUGAUCUAAACUGCCAGUAUUAUUAUCACAAAGUGGUCUGUGAAGAAAGAUUACCUCUUUCAAGUUGGAAAGACAAUCCUGAACCAUUAAAGCAAAUCUGUAUUGUUGACGUUGAAACUGCAAUAGACUCACAGUUAAUUACGAUUAUAUGCAAGUCUCAAGUUAAUUUAUUAAAAGCAUUCACCUUAUGCUGGAAACUUUUAGCCUCAGAUAUACAUAUAGACUUUAAUGAUUCACAAUAUGACUGGCUAUUUAUUGUGAAGAAAGCUAAUAAAUUAGAGGUUCUCAAAUGGAUAUUCAAUCAUAUGACAUUCAAAUUGGUUUAUCUGGAAAAAAUUAUAAAAUGGGAAUAUCGAUAUAAUAUGAUAAAAUGUAAACUUGAUAACAAAGUAGAUUUGCCUAUUCACUGCAUAAACAAAUAUUAUGAAAAAGUAUUAAAAGAAAUAAAUGCCACAACAGUCGAGCAAAUAUGUGAAAUAACCAAAUAUUAUAUCAUUGAUACCUUUAGUUGUCAGAGGUUAAUGGUAAAGUAUAAUGCAAUUAAUGAGUAUAGAGAGGUAACAUCCAUAGCCUUAUUAUUAUUAUUUGAUACACAUUAUUUUGCGGAAGGCAUAAAGGUUUACAAUCUUUUAAGUGCUAGUGCAUGGCAAAGAGGGAUUCUAACCAGUAUGAUUUCAAGCCAACAAACAGAAACUGGAAAAUACCCUAGAGUCUAUGUUUUCCCACCACAUGAAUUCAUAGCAGAAUAUGAUUUUGUUUGUUUCGAUUGUUCUAGUUUAGAUAAAAAACAAUAUGCUUUCAAGGUAUAUAUGAAUACAUUCUAUGGUACAGCUAAAGAUAGUAAAUUCUUUUUCUUCUUACGUGAACUUGCUGGAGGUGUCACAUCAGCUGG